AAUAUAUAAGAACAACCAAGCAAGGUUCAGUUUCUUAGACACAAACAACUAAGCAAGGCUCAGUUUCUUAAACACAACUCAAAGAUCUUCCUAUAUGGGUUCCUUCGACUUGCCUCACACUUCAUCGUUCAAGGGAGGAAGUGAAAGAUUUCUUCGGAAUGUGUUUGAGAAUAUACUGAAGACGUAUCUGACGAUGAACCCGACGGCGAAGACGAUAUGGGAACUAGUUCAGUCGGUGGACAACGAGAAGAUCUGCUACGACCACUUCACUUUCCAGACACUAAAGGUGGAGGGUUAUGGAAUAGAUUCUUUAUCAAGUUUCUUCAUGGAUUAUGGAUAUAAAAUUGGAGAUGGACUUGAUUUUCCAACAAAGAAACUACGUGUUCUCACGUUUUCACCUCCGGAUGUUUACGUCCCUGAUGACGGCCACGGCCUAGGCAACGGGCCUUUGCCACGACCUGUUAUAUCUGAGCUUCUUGUGGACGAACUAAGUCUUGAAUCACAGGAGAUAAUACGGAAAUAUCUAAAACCAGAAGGUGGUAAGCAAGCGGUUAUUUCAAGUACUUUGGGGUCUUUAAUUUGGGAAAAGCCAACAUCCUCCGACUUCAAUCAGCUUGCCAAGGAGAGUGAAUUUGCGGCAUGGGUACUUAUUCACGGCUACACAAUGAACCACCUUGCAUUUUCUGUUCAUCGGCUUAAACACCGUUUCAGUGACAUCAACUGCAUCAAAGAGUAUCUAGAAGAAAAGGAAUUUGAACUCAACAGUGACGGAGGAGUUCUCAAAGUGAGUAAAGAUGGUCUACUUUUACAAGUGUCGUCGAUCUCAGAGAGACUUGAGGUUAAGUUUGCAGAUGGAGUAACUGAAACAAUCCCGGCUUCAUACAUUGAGUUCACUCAACGUAUGGUUCUCCCUGAGUUCAAAGAUCUGCCUCAUGACCAGAUUGAAGAGUUCCAUAGACGUGAUGGCUUUGAUUUGGAAAACGCAAAAAACAUUUUGGAAAGCGCCCGUUUCACCACAGAUGUUUAG